UUUCUUAACACACACUUCAUUCACUGACAGACACUCACUGUAAUCGUUCAACUCGUAAAGGUUCGAACUCAUAGCUACCGAGCGAGAAACAAAUAUGAUGAAGGAGGAGACUACUGGUGACGAUGCCAGUUGUGGCUACAACUGGCCUCGUGUAUGCGACACGUGCAGGUCGGCUGCGUGCUCGGUGUUCUGCCGGGCCGACUCUGCCUACCUCUGCACCGGGUGCGACGCCCGCAUCCACGCCGCGAACCGCGUCGCCUCCAGCCACGAGCGUGUCUGGGUUUGCGAGGCGUGCGAGCGGGCCCCAGCUGCUUUCAUAUGCAAGGCUGACGCCGCGUCGCUCUGCUCCACCUGCGACGCCGAUAUCCACUCCGCAAACUCCCUCGCAAGCCGCCACCACCGCGUCCCAAUUCUUCCCAUCUCCGGGUCCCUGCAUGGCCCACCAGCUGCUGACCCUGCAGACCGGUUUCUAACCCCGGAUGACGGUGAUGAGAUCGUUGAAGAAGAGGAUGAAGAUGAGGCAGCAUCAUGGUUGCUGCUCAAUCCUGCGAAGAAUAACAACAAUCUGAAAAAGGGGUUCUUGUUUGGUGGGGAAGCUGACGAGUAUUUGGACUUUAUUGAGUACAACUCAUGUGCUGAUCAGCAUCAAUUCAACGAUCAGUAUAACCACCACCAGCAACAACAUCACUCUGUUCCCCAGAAGAGCUACGGGGGUGACAGUGUGGUGCCCAUUCAGAGUGGCGAAGCGAAGGGUCAGCUACAUCACCAGCAGGAGCAACAGGAUAUUCAGUUGGGAUUGGACUUCGAGUCCUCGAAAUCUGCAUUCAGUUAUCAUGGUUCCAUUAGUCAUAGUGUCUCUGUUUCAUCCAUGGACGUUGGCGUUGUGCCUGAAUCAACAAUGAUUGAUGUCUCAAUCUCCCACACAAGACCUUCCAAAGGGGCAAUUGAUCUUUUCUCUGGACCUCCUCUUCAGAUGCAACCUCAACUUGCCCCACUGGACAGGGAGGCAAGGGUCCUAAGAUACAGAGAGAAAAAGAAGACAAGGAAGUUUGAGAAAACAAUCAGGUAUGCUUCAAGGAAGGCCUAUGCAGAGACCAGACCCCGGAUCAAGGGCCGGUUCGCUAGGAGGACUGACACAGAAGUUGAAGUGGACCAGAUGUUCUCCACCACACUAAUGGCAGAAACGGGAUAUGGUAUUGUCCCAUCAUUCUGAAACUAGCUACAGAAGAAGAAAAAAUGAACCCUCUUCGGAUGAGAGUUGUACCACUUAUUACGUACUAAAGCUCUAGUACUCAUGUUUAUUUCCCAAUCUAAUUGAUCUGAAUUGAUGAGAUACAUGCUGAUAA